AAUAAGUGAUUUUAUUAUUCAAUGUAAAAUUAAUUAACUACGUGGUUAGGCUAAAGGAUUAGAUAGUUGAGAGUUAUAACUACGUGACCAUAGGUAAUCCCAAUUAAAUAUUUUCUCCCACAGCACCACAAGAAUGGUGAGAGAGAGAGAGAGAGAGAAAAAUGGCACAAAUUUCAGAUUAAAAAACAUAUAGAACUUGAAAUUACAAUUAUACCAAUAUUUUUGUCCUUUUAAUAUUGAGGACAACAACUAUUCUUGUUGCUAAGUUGAAAAUUUUUGUCCAAUGAGGAAUAGACACCUGGCUCAAUCACACGCUUCUCUUGUCUUCUAUCAUUUUCUUCUUUCUUUAAGCUGCUCAAUUUCUUGGUAGUUUGUUAAAGGAAAAAAUACUCAAGUUGGUCCUUGAAAUAUAAAAAUAAUAUUUUACAUUAUUAAUAUAUAUCAAAAUAAUCUUUGGAAUUGUUCAAAUGCAUCUCGAACAUCACUAACUUAAUGUUAUUUACAACUGGCUUCUGAAGCAUGGACACCGGACACAAUACUAACAUGUCAGUACCGAUAAUAAUUUUUUUUAAAAGGACAUAUAACUCAAUGUAAUCAUAUUUGUUAUUGUCGAACACCAACACAUGUCUGACACCGCCACUGGAACAUGCCUCGUUAGAGGAGUGUAUGCGACUGCUUCAUAGCAACUACUUAUCACACCCACUUGUUCUUAAGGCAGUAUAUUUAAAACAAAUUCAUUAGAGCCGACAAAGUUGAAAACAAUUGUAUUUGUCACCACACAACAAUAAAAAAUUAAUUUCUGCUAGACUCAAAAGUCUUCCCACAGUUCAAAGCUAAGCCAAAAACAAGGAACUUGAACUUGCUUGAUUUGCCAAAAAUUGCUUGCAAGAGCUAACCUGAUUGAUGAAAAAUAUUGAACUGAAAUGGCAGAAGAUGCAGUGUCUUCUGUUUUGCAAGAACUCUACAAAUUUGCAUUAGAAGAAGGAACUUUACUGACAGGAGUUGAGAAAGACUUCAUUGACAUCAAAGAUGAUCUUGAGAGCAUCCAAGCCUUUCUCAAGGAUGCAGAUAGAAUGGCAGCAUAUGAAGAAGAAGAAGGAGGAUACGACGAAGGAGUCAAAACUUGGGUGAAGCAACUGAGAGAAGCAUCUUUUCGCAUAGAAGAUGUGAUUGAGGAAUAUAACAUGUAUGUGGCACUGACACCAAAGACAAACAAUUCUGGAUUCAUUGCCACAAUCCAGAUGAUUCCUAACAUGAUCAAAAGCAUGAAUUGGCGCUACCAGAUUGCUUCUGAGAUUCAAGAUAUCAGGUCAUCACUUGGUAAAAUCAAAGAAAGAAGUACAAGGUUUAUGUUUCAUAAGUCUGAAAGUAGAUCAGGAAGCUCCCGAGGGACUAAAGCUCCUAGAAUUGGUGACCCUCGAAUGGCUCCUUAUUUCAUCGAAGAGACUCAAGUUGUUGGGUUUGAGAAUGCAAGAGAUGAAUUGGUUAGUUUCUUGGUGGGGGGAAACAAUGAGCCCAUGUUGGUUUCUGUGGUUGGCAUGGGAGGACUUGGAAAAACCACUCUCGCUAAGCAUGUUUUUGAUGAUCCGUCGGUGAAAAGGCACUUUGAUUGCUGCUCUUUCAUAACAGUUUCUCAAUCGUACACUAUCAGGGAGUUGUUGAAAGAUAUGAUAAAGAAGUUUUGCAAGGACAGCAAUGAGCCUAUUCCAAAGGGUCUGCAGAAGAUGGAUGAUCAAACAUUGAUUACUCAAGUGAGACAAUACCUUGAGUCAAAAAGGUACUUAGUUUUAUUUGAUGAUGUUUGGAAAGAAAAAUUUUCUGAUGAGAUUGAACAUGCCUUAAUUAGUAAUAACAAAGGAAGUAGAAUCAUUGUGACAACUAGAAUGAUGCAUGUAGCUGAAUAUUUUAAGAAAACUUUUCCUGUUCACAUUCACGAGCUACAACGUUUGCCUCCAAACAAAGCUCGGGAACUGUUUUGCAACAAGGUGUUUAGAGGGCAAUGUCCAAUAGAACUUGAGGAGAUGUCCAAUGAAAUUGUUCAAAAAUGUGGAGGGCUACCACUGGCAAUUGUGGCCAUUGGAGGUCUUUUGUCAACAAAACCUAAAACCAUGUUUGAGUGGAGAAAGCUGAGUCAAAAUCUCAGAAUGGAGUUAGAGCGCAAUGUGCAUUUGACCGAUCUGAUGAAGAUUUUAUCUCUUAGUUAUGAUGAUUUGCCUUACCGUUUGAAAUCAUGCAUGCUAUAUUUUGGUAUAUAUCCUGAAGACUACACCAUCAAGCGGAAGAGACUUACUAGGCAAUGGAUGGCUGAAGGGUUUGUUAAGAAUGAGGAGAUAAGACCAUUGGAGGAAGUUGCUGAAGAGUCCCUGAUAGAGUUGAUACAAAGAAGUUUGGUUCAUGUUUCCAGAAGUGGCUUUGAUCGGAAAGUCAAAAUUUGUCAAGUCCAUGAUGUGUUGCGCGAAGUAAUCAUUAGAAAAAUGAAGGAUUUAAGUUUUUGCCAUUUAAUGCAUAAAGCUGAUGAACAAGUCACUGUUGGAGUAACUCGACGCUUUUCUAUAGCAGCUUUCUCUAACAAUGACUUGAAGAACUCAGGAACUCGUGCUAUAUUUGUUUUUGACAAAGUCGAAUUGCCUGAACAUUUCAUGGAUGGAUUAUCUUCCAAGUUCAAGCUUUUGAAGGUACUUGAUUUUGAGAAUUCUUUGUUGAGUUCUAUUCCUGAUAACUUGGGGAAUCUUUUCCACCUAAGGUACUUGAACCUGAGUCAUACAAAAGUUAAAGUUCUUCCGAAAUCCAUUGGUAUGCUGGUCAACUUAGAAACCUUGGAUCUAAGGCAAACUAAAGUGCAUGAGUUACCAAAAGAGAUAAACAAGCUCACAAAAUUAAGGCUUCUUCCAGCUUAUUAUAGAAAAUAUGAAGGCCAUUAUUCUAUGUUGAACUUUACAGAUGGAGUGAAAAUGCAAAAAGGUAUUGGGGGCUUGAUAUCUUUACAAAAGCUUUACUUUUUGGAAGCAGAUCAUAGUGGAAUAGAAGUUAUCCAAGAGCUCAAAAAGUUGAAACAGUUAAGGAAGUUAGGCAUUAAGCACGUGCGGCAAGUAUAUGGAAAUGAUCUAUGUGCUGCAAUACAAGAGAUGUACCACCUUGAAUCUCUAAAUAUUGGUGCUAUAGAUAAAGGUGAAAUUCUUGAUUUGGAUAUCGUAUCAGCUCCGCCUCAUCUUAGAGUGCUCAAUUUGAAAUGUAGACUAACAAAGUUGCCUAAAUGGAUUCCAAAUCUCAAGUAUCUUGUGAAGCUAAGACUUGGCUUAUCAAAAUUUGAAGAUGAUCCAUUAGACUCUUUGAAGAACUUGCCGAAUUUGUUGAGGCUGAAUUUGUGGGAUGACGCCUAUUAUGGUGAAAAUUUGCAUUUUCAGAAAGGAGGGUUUCAUAAGCUGAAGGAGUUGGAUCUCACUAGAUUGAACAGACUAAGUUCUGUAUCUAUAGACAAAGAAGCUUUACAAAGUCUUGAACACUUCAGAUUUAACAAUAACCCUCAAUUGAAGGUGUUACCUCAAGACCUCAAAAACUUAGAAAACCUUCAAUUCCUUGGAUUUGCUGAUAUGCCAGCUGAGUUAGUUGACAGCAUUGAUCUAGAGACAGGUGGACCAUGCCAUUGGGUUAUCAAUCAUAUUCCCCUUGUACUAAUUCGUCAGAAAUGGGGACCAAAGUUUCAUGACUAUGACUUGCGCCCGAUUCCUACUCAACUCAAAAUCUGAAAUAUCAAGGUACUCUUUCCUGUGUCCAUGUGAACAGAUUCAAAUUCUCCUGGUUGCAGCUGACAUGAAGAUGCACACUGUCUCUUCAAUCCUUCUAUAAUGUGCUUGAAUCACGUAAUAAACUAUUUUCUUGGAUUGUACUCAUCUACUAUAAUCAAGGAACUUGUACUGUAUUUUUCUGUUUUUGUAAUUUGUGGUGCAUUACAUUUAUGAAAUCUACUUGUAGCAGGUAAUUGUUGUAUGGAUAAUAAUUUAUCAGAAAAAUACUAGAAAAUGUUAACCUACAAAUAGAAUGUUAUUAUAUUAUAUAUCUAGUGAAAUAGAACUGCUAA